CGGGGCUCUGGAUGCUCGGGCGGCGCCGGAUCUCGGCCGCUGGGGCCCGGGCGCGGGAUGCUGGGGGUGCGCAGCUCCGAAGCGCGGCGUGGGACCCGAGGCCGAGGCCGAGGCUCUGAGAGCGGCCCGGCGGCAAGGCCUGCCCGCGCCUGGCGCUCUGAGCGUUUUCCUAGGCACCUGGCCAGCCGAGGCGGGGCGCCGGGGCUGGGGCCGGGAGCCUCGGAGGGCGCAGGGCCGCCUCCCGCAAUGCCGAGGGUGCCCCCGGCGAGUCUGGGGAACCUGCAGCCCUGGCCUCGCCCCUAAGGUGUGGGAAGCCGAAGGUCCCGUUGAGUGUGGUUGGCCUUGACUGGGGCGUUGCACCGGCACGAUCGCAUUAGUCUCACUGGUUACGGGCAGCUGCUGAUGGGACCGUGGUUACGGGCUGCAGAAGAUGUCAACGUUACUUUCGAAGAUCAACAAAAGAUAAACAAAUUUGCACGGAAUACAAGUAGAAUCACAGAGCUGAAGGAAGAGAUAGAAGUAAAAAAGAAACAACUCCAAAACCUAGAAGAUGCUUGUGAUGACAUCAUGCUUGCAGAUGAUGACUGCUUAAUGAUACCUUAUCAAAUUGGUGAUGUCUUCAUUAGCCAUUCUCAAGAAGAAACACAAGAAAUGUUAGAAGAAGCAAAGAAAAAUUUGCAAGAAGAAAUUGACGCCUUAGAAUCCAGAGUGGAAUCGAUUCAGCGGGUGUUAGCAGAUUUGAAAGUUCAGUUGUAUGCAAAAUUUGGGAGCAACAUAAACCUUGAAGCUGAUGAAAGUUAAACAUUUUAUAAUACUUUUUUUAUUUGUUUAAUAAACUUGAAUAUUGUUUAAAAUGAUAAUUUUCCUUCUUCAAAUGACAUGGAAAGCAAAACUUUCUUUUUUUAAAAUUUUCAUUUAUUUAAUGGAAACUUGCCUAUUUUCACAUGUCUGCUUAUUUAUUUUAUAUUUUUAAAAGAAGACAGUAUUCACCUAUGUAUUUUGCAUAACGAUUAUAUCAAGUCUAGGGGCUUCAUGUCAUGUUAUUAAAAUCAGUUAAGCAAUCUUUUAUGUUUCUAUAUUAUUUAGAAUAUUUGUUGUUGCAAUUUUCACAUAAGAAAAUUUAACAGUUGUGUCAUGUUGUUUUUGUCUGAUUUUAAUUGCUGUCUAAUGAUGGGGAAAGCACGACAAAAAGAUGUACAAUCCCGCAUCCUUGCUUAUUUCACAACUAAAGCUUUGUCAUAGACUUCAGAAUAUAUGUAUAUAUUUUAUUUAAAUAUAUGUUACAUAUUACAUUUAAACAUACAUAUUUAACAUUUUUUUACAUAUCUAUCAAUAUCAGAGAUUUGGGUAAAAGAAUGGGUGAUGUUUAACCAAAUGUGGAGGCAUGUGGAGCUUUAUACCAACCGGGCAGAACCACAGAAGAACGUUUUAGAAACCAAGAGAUGUGCAGAAAGAAAUGUUUAGUGUUUUUUUGUUUUAAAUUUUAGAUUUUAUUUUAGUGCUUUGGAAUUAAUUGGGGUUUAUAUUGAUAAAGAUGUGGAAGUUAAACAGCUAUGUACUUAAAAGUAAGGCUUAUUUCUUAAAUAAAGGAUGCGUUUCCUCCCA